CAGGCAGUUGCUUGACGCGAAAAACCCAUUUGCCACGGACAAUGUUAACUCCUCGCGGAGGGGAGACGUCCGUGAAAGAGUUGUUGCGAAUGAAUGCUUCACACUCCGCGAUCAUGGCUGCGAGCCACUGGGGGGAGUGUGGUCCAGAGAUGGCUUCAUCAUAUGAGUUCGGGGUCGGGAUGGAUGGAUUUUCCGAGAAGUUAAGAGUUGGAGCGUCGGCAAGGGUUGAGGAGGACAUAAGCUGUACACCCCCAUACGCGGAGAGGACGUGCACUGGGCUUGGUGCCGGUCCACAGUUCAGCGGGAGUGAUGGCAGGCCGAAGAGGGUGAGGGUGAAGGUUGUACAGCAGCGUGGCAUGAAGGAGGGCCCAUGCGAUGACGACAUCUGGAACAGCUGCUUUGGAGGAGAGGAGGUGGACGGAGGCAUAGCGAGAGUGAUCGUCAACGAGCACUAGGAAGUAAGAGUGCCCGCCACGAGAGCGGACUGGAGCUGGGCCCCAGACGUCCAUG